AUGUGCGCCCACAUAGUUUACGAGUGGCUUCGAGCCCUGCGGCUGGCCCAGUACGCCGAGGCGUUUGUGGAUAACGGCUACGACGACCUGGAGGUGUGCAAGCAGAUCGGGGAGCCCGACCUGGAUGCCAUCGGGGUGUCGGCGCCCCGCCACCGGCGCCGGAUCCAGCAGGCCGUGCUGCGGCUGCGGCUGGACGACGAGCGAGCCGCCGGCCUCUACUUCACCCUGGAGCCCCCCAACCCCGAGGCCCCGACCCCCCCCGGCCGCCCCUGGGGACCGCGGGGCCCCCCGCUCACCUACCCCAAGUUGAAACUCAAGAUCAUGAUCAGGGAUAAGCUGGUGCGGGACGGCAUCCGCCUGAGCAGGCCUCCCUACUCCCGCAAGGGCCCGGCUUGGUGGCUUCCAACUCGGGUCUUUCUCACCUGUGCAUCAGGGACUCAGAAGCCUCCGCACUUCGCCGUCCUCAAAUGGGACGUUUUAGCCUCUCCCCAAGCCAGUCCUGAUAAAGGUUCUCCCAAAGACGAUGAAUAA